CCCCCCCCCCUCCCCCACCCAAUUCUUCUUUCUCACUCUUUCUUCUCUCCUCCCCAAGUGCUCCAUGUAACGGUCGCCACUCGAUGGCCUUCCCCCUGGCAAGUAUUUGUUUUUCCGCUGGGAUCCACUGAUCGCAUCCCCGCGCAUGUCUCGGUCAGCAUGCCCCACGCUGGAUGACCGGCCGGAGGUCUCUCAGCGGCCUUCAAUGGAUUGUAUUGACACCAUUAUUGUUGGGAACGGCCCGUCAGCCAUGAUCCUUUCCUUCAUUUUGCAUGGUCAUAUUCCCUACUACCAGGCCAAUCCGCCGCAUCCGGACCCUCUGCUGCAUGCCAAGCUGCUGCAGAACCCGGCUCUACUUCAGGCCGACGUGAAUCCGCUGACCGAGCAUUUUGCCGCCUCGCGUUUGUCAUACUCGACCCAGGCACUGCCGGUAAACGUGCUCCUGGACACCCUGGUACGACCCAGCGUGGACGUCGAGGAGCUCGAAUGUGUGACCAAUGUCGAAUGGCGGCACGAGCCCGAAAAGGCGGUGCCCCAUCUCGUUUUCGGCGAUGCGGCGUGCGCCGGCGGUCAAUGGACCGAUAACCCCAUGCCCGCAAGCUGGGAUAUCCAGACCCUGAGCUAUGCGUCGAUGUUGUCGCUGCCAGGGUAUUCAUUCGCUGACCACUACCGAGCCGUGACCGGGAAAGAACUGCCGGCAUUCACGCGGCCCAGCCGGCAGGAAACGGCCGAUUACUUCCGUCGGUAUCCCGGGGCCGUGCACAUCGGUGACGUUUUCCGUUUCAACCAAACCCUGUCGGGGAUCUCGCGCACGGACCAGGGCUUCUAUAUCCGCUCACAUCAGCUUCAUUGUAAACAUCUGGUCUUGGCCACGGGUAUCUUCACCGAGGUCCUACAGCCUAGUGCCAUGCUGCAGCCGUUGCGCUCCCUCGACCCCGUUCCUUCCCUUUCAUUGUUGGUAGUGGGGUCGGGGUUCUCUGCGGCGGAUGUGAUCAUCUCUGCUCCCAAAGACCAAAAGAUCCUCCAUGCCUUCAAGUGGGACCCAGAAGCGCGGCCUUCUCCUCUGCGCGGGUGUCACCAUCAGGCCUACCCGGAGUAUGCGGGGGUGUAUCGGCUGAUGAAACGCGCCGCGCUGGCGGCUAGCCCAGGGCCGCCCAAACGGGGUAAGAUGCGACGGACGACGUCGACCCCGUUCCUCGAGACGCGGAAGUGGGAGGAGGUCUACGAGGGCCUGCCGAAUCUGGAGUUCGCGGGAGUUGAGAUGAAGGGCGAUCAUGCCCUUGUCACGUUCCGUCAGCCUGAUGGGCAGACACUUGUCCGUGCAGUUCGUGGACUGGUCUAUGCCACGGGGCGUCGAGGGACCCUGAAGUAUCUUGAUCCUGCUUUGCUUGCGGAAGUCUUGGGUCAGACAGAUGCGGAUCCCACCGUCACCAACCAGAGUCUCCGUGCGAAAGCCCUCAACGAUAUGGAAGUGGCGCCAGAUGUCUUCGUCAUUGGCAGCCUAACAGGAGACUCUCUAAUCCGUUUCUCUUACGGGAGUUGCGUGCAGGCGGCGGGCAAGAUCGUUGGGGCGUCGAGCGGACAAGAUCGGGCGCGGAUUAGCUCGGCUCAUACCUCCCGUCCGUCGUCAUCAUCUGUCGGGGUCUUGCGGGGGCUUGAUGGGCAUGAUGUCCAUCCCGCUGGGGUCAGCCGGCCCCAGGGAGACGAGGAUCGGUCGGUGCUAUCUACGAUCUCGGAGCGGGUUCUCCCCACCGGACUGUGGAAAUGGGUUCGGAGUUGGUGGAACGUGAAAUGAGUUUACGAUACGGAUGGCGUGUGUAUAUGUUUUAGAUUUGCUGUCGGCGUCCUGUAUAUCUGACCAUGGGUCAUGCUGUUAAUAGACCUGAUCUACUGCUAGAUUGUAUAACUUGCUUGGCCGUUUGUGCCGACAUACACGAUGAUAUUACCUGAGAGAAUAAACC